AUGUUCUUCUAUAAUUACAGUCCUUUCUACCCUCCUCUUCUCAUCCAUCUUCAAUUAGGAUUCAUAAUUUUCUUGUUUCUAAUAAACUUUCAUGUUACUCCAUUAUCAUUUAAUUUCACCAGCUUUUAUCCAAGUAAUCAAGACAUAAAAUGUGAAGGUGAUGCUGCUUCUUUGGAUUCUGUGCUUCAGCUCAACAAAUACGAAGUUGAACAAACAGGUCAUGCCACAUAUGGUGAAUUAUUGCAUCUUUGGGACAAGGCCUCAGGAAAUCUCGCAGACUUCACCACCAAUUUCACCUUCUCCAUCGACUCACAGUACAACGAAAAAUACGCUGAUGGGUUCGCGUUCUUUUUGGCUCCACCGCAAUUCCGAAUCCCGGAUGUACAGGGCGGUGGUGGUGGUGGUGGUCUUGGUCUUGCUUAUGGGAACCAGACUUUAAACUCAACCGAUAAUCCAUUUGUCGCUGUGGAGUUUGAUACUUACAUAAAUAUAUUUGACAAAGAGGAGGCAGAACAUGUGGGCAUUAACGUCAACUCUUUAGUAUCUUCUAAAAGCGGGAGAUUCUUUAGCAAUGUUAUGCAAGGAGGAAUGAUGAAUGCUCAGAUAAGUUACAAUUCCAGCUCGCAAAAUCUCUGUGUUUACUACACAGGAGUAGAAAAUAGCAUAUCUUACCCGCGGGAGCUUUGCUGUGAAAUUGAUCUGAGGGAAUACUUGCCAGAAUGGGUUAGUUUUGGCUUCUCAGCUGCAACAGGGAAGUAUUACGAGUUCCAUACCAUCCACUCUUGGUCUUUCAUUGCAAGGUUGGAAAAUGAUGAUAUACAACCUUCAUCAUCUCCGCCAAAUUCUCAUAAAAAACAUGGGAUGCCAAUUUGGUUAUUGGUUGUUGUUUGCAUUUUGUCUUUAUCAGUUAUAGUUUUCUCUAUAAUAAUCAUUUUUCCCUUGAUUGUAAAGAAGAACGAAAGGAAGCAAGAAGAUACUAUACAUGUGACGGAACAAGAAUUUGAAACAGCGACAGGAGCAAAGAAGAUUUCAUAUGAAGAUUUGGAUCGUGCAACCAAUAAAUUCGACGAGCAAGCGAAGCUUGGGGAGGGAGGGUUUAGCACAGUUUAUAAGGGAUUUUGGAGCGAGAAAAACCUCCAUGUUGCUGUAAAGAAGUUGAAUAACGUGUCUAUCCAAGGGCUACAGAACUAUGUAUCAGAAGUAAUCAUCACUAGCAAGUUGAAUCAUCAAAACUUGAUUAAACUGAUAGGGUGGUGCCAUGAUAGAGAGCAACUCCUGCUCGCUUUCGAGUACAUGCCAAAUCUGAGUUUAGAGCACCAUCUUUUCAAUGGAUCAAGCCUGCUGAAAUGGGUGGAAAGGUAUAAAAUUGUCCAAGGUUUGGCCUCUGCUUUGCAUUACUUGCACCAAGGAUGUUCACGAUGUGUGCUACAUCGUGACAUAAAAUCAAGCAAUGUGUUGCUAGAUUCAAAUUUCAAUGCCAAGCUUUCAGAUUUUGGAUUAGCCCGGAUUGUGCAUCACGAUGCCAAGUCUCAAACACUUGAAGGUUGGACUAAUGGCUACGAAGCUCCUGAAUGUCAUCAGACUGGAAAAUCAGGCAAACAGUCUGAUGUCUUCAGUUUCGGUGUUGUUGCUUUGGAGAUUGCAUGUGGAAGAAGACCAUUUGUGCAAAUGGAGGAUGGAAACCAGGUUCGCAUAGUGAAGUGGGUGUGGGAUCACUAUGAAAAAGGCAAUCUUCUUGAUGCCGCUGACCCAAGAUUAAGCGGAGAAUUUGAUGGCAAUCAGAUGAAGCGGUUGAUGAUGCUGGGUCUCUGGUGCGCUCAUCCUAUGUUUUCUCAUCGACCUUCAAUAGGAGAAGCCUUGAAAGUGCUUAACUUUGAAGCUACACCCCCUAAGCUCCCAUCAAAAUUUCCUUCUUCUACAGUUUCAUCAAUUUCAUCUUUAGUUUCCUCAAUCGCUAUGGCUUGCCAAGCAGCAGGAUGCAAGUGCAUUUUACCAAUCCGGUGUGAAAAGAAAAAAUAUUAA